AUGUUUUCACUCCUCUACUACCCUCUAUGGGCCUUUACUUCCUGCCUCGCUAUCAUCACUCUCAAUGUCUUAUACCAAAAGCUCCCUCGAAAUGCCAACGAGCCUCCAUUAGUGUUCCACUGGCUUCCGUUCUUUGGUAAUGCUGUCGCUUAUGGACUCGACCCUUACGGCUUCUUUGUGAAAUGCCGAGAAAAGCACGGCGAUGUCUUCACCUUUAUCCUCUUCGGUCGAAAAAUCGUUGCCUGUCUUGGUGUUGAUGGCAAUGACUUUGUUCUCAACAGUCGAAUUCAAGACGCCAACGCCGAAGAGAUCUACAGUCCAUUGACAACGCCUGUCUUUGGUAGCGAUGUCGUAUACGAUUGUCCAAACUCGAAGCUCAUGGAGCAAAAGAAGUUUGUCAAGUUUGGCCUUACCCAGAAGGCUCUUGAGUCCCAUGUUCAGUUGAUUGAGCGAGAGGUUUUGGAGUACAUCCAAGCUGUGCCAUCGUUUUCUGGAAAGUCUGGCACAGUUGAUGUAUCCAAGGCAAUGGCUGAGAUCACCAUCUUCACUGCCGCCCGUUCUCUUCAAGGUGAAGAAGUUCGACGGAAGCUUACCGCUGAGUUUGCAGCUCUGUAUCAUGACCUCGAUCUAGGCUUUACUCCUGUCAACUUCCUGUUCCCCUGGCUACCUCUGCCUCGCAACCGACGUCGAGACGCUGCCCAUACAAAGAUGAGAGAGAUCUACAUGGACAUCAUCAACGAACGAAGAAGAGGCGGAGGAGACUUGGAAAAAGGAACCGAUAUGAUCGCCAACUUGAUGAGUUGUGCCUACAAGAACGGGCAGCCAAUUCCAGACAAGGAGAUCGCACACAUGAUGAUCACUCUUCUCAUGGCCGGACAACACUCUUCGUCAUCUGCUAGUUCAUGGAUCGUACUGCAUCUGGCUUCAUCCCCUGAUAUCGCUGAGGAACUCUACCAAGAGCAAGUCAUCAACUUGAGUGCUGGCGGCGCUCUCCCACCCCUGCAGUACUCAGACCUCGACAAGCUCCCACUUCUCCAGAAUGUCGUCAAAGAAACACUCCGAGUUCAUUCCUCUAUCCACUCUAUUCUGCGAAAGGUUAAGAGACCCAUGCAAGCACCUGGAUCACCUUACACCGUCACCACCGACAAGGUUCUCCUCGCUUCACCAACUGUUACAGCGUUGAGUGAAGAACACUUCCCGGACGCACAAAGAUGGAAUCCUCAUCGGUGGGAUAACAAGCCCCAGGAGGAGGCCGUGACGGUUGAGGUCGUCGACUACGGCUACGGUGCUGUCUCUAAAGGAACAAAGAGCCCAUACUUGCCCUUUGGCGCUGGCCGGCAUCGAUGUAUCGGAGAGAAGUUUGCUUAUGUUAACUUGGGCGUUAUUGUCGCGACGUUGGUGCGUAACUUCAGGCUGUCGACUCUUGAUGGCAAGCCUGGUGUUCCAGCAACCGACUACACUUCUCUCNNUAAGUGGCAAUGUGGAGAGAAGAGUACUAGUUCCUACGAAUAA